ACGAUAUGGGGCGUCGUCGACAUCCUCCCUGACACCUACCUUCCGGACAUCCGAUGCAUGACCUGCAUCCACUCCGAGAAUGGGAUCAUCGGUUCGGGAAUGGACGCGCCGACAGUAUCUUCGACGUCCUGUGCGUCAGCUCUGCGAAGCAGGAGAGCACCGACUACCUCGACUUUUGAUACUUCUUUAGGCUGCCUUGGUCGAAGGUGCUUUUCGAUGACACCGACUUACUAGGCCGCGUCGGGGGAGGCAGGUACGCGAAGUACGGUAUCGACCCGCACGCUGGCGCGAUUGUGGUUAUUCGACCGGAUGGCUAUGUCGGGACGGUGGCUCCGUUGCACCGUGCUGACGAGCUCAAAAUAUACUUUGGGCCAUUCCUGGUAUAGGCCCAUUGUGUCGCCCCUGUCUUUCUGUUCAUGCACUUCCGAAUGUGGUAUCAUCAGCAAACAUGUGUUAGUCUUGACUGAAC